AUGGCGAUGAUGAUGACUGGCCGUGUGCUGCUGGUGUGUGCCCUCUGCGUGCUGUGGUGCGGUGCUGGCGGUAGAUGUGACGAGGACAAGGCAGGCUCUGGGAUUGAUGCUGAACUUCCACCUGCACCAGUACCUCUUGAAACGUCUCAACAAGACCCCCAAGACUUAAAAAAUGGAGUACCAGGUGUUAAGGGAACUGCAUCACUCGCAUCUUUCCCUCCUAAAGAUGGUGAUGCAGAUGGAGAGACGGAGGAUCAAGAAGAAAGUAAAGAAGGUCAGAGUAGUGAAAAAGGAAAUGUUGCACUUGGCUCAGAUUCCAGGGAAAGGAAUUUAAUUGGCAGCGGGCAGGAAACAGGCCAGUCAAUUGCACCUGCAGGUGACAUUUCUCCUUCUGGCAGUAAGGAAUCAAAAGCCAAUCCUACGCAAACGGAGAUUGAAGGAAACAAGAGCGCAGACAAAAAUUCACCAUCAGCAGAGAAAGCACUCACAACAGUUAACGGAGAGAACACACUGCCUGGGGAAAUUGCGGAAGGAAAUCUUCCAUCACCUCCAGAAGAAGAUGUUGCUUCCCGAGAACAGGAUGGCGAAGACACCACGAGUGAAGGCGAAAAAAAUGUUCCGCCGCCUGAGACCGCAGCCACACCACAAAGCCACCGAGACAAAGGCUCAGAAGGGACUGGGGAAGAUGCAAAAGCAACGACAGUAACCGCCAACACAACUGAUACGAAGACAAAGAUUGCCGACAGUGACGGCAGCACCGCGGUCUCCAACACCACCUCCCCUCUUUUGCUUCUUCUUGUUGUUGCGUGUGCGGCUGCUGCUGCGGUGGUGGCCGCGUGA